UAUUUCUUGUGUUAAAGCUGUCCUAACUAAUUUGUCCAAAAUGCAAAUUAGUUGAAAACUGCCACUGUCUCACUGAGCCAUUUCAAUAUGAAACUUUCAAUAUUUAAUAUCGACGAAACAAGAGCUGCAGUAACUUUCAUAUUCUAAAGAUUUCGUCUGCCAAGAGAAAAAUAAUGGCGACUUGGUUUAAGUUAUUGUUGGCUCUUUUCAUUGGUCUCGUUGCUUUUAAAUUCCGAGUGACUUCAGCUAGAUCAAACUCAUCCGAAUCUGAUGAUAAUGAUGAUCAUGAAAAGGAGGAAAACCUAACCAUUGCCUGGAUAUACAAGCCUCCCUACAUAAGAGGACCCGAUAACAGUUCCUUGGACAAUCAAGCUCAUGGAAUAGUACGAGAUGCCAUAUUAAGACACAUACAAUGGGAUUGUAGCGGAUUCUCUGGCAAUCCCCACUAUGAAAUAAAGACUCUCAAAGCUGAUAGUGAGUCUCAAAUGAUACAAUUGCUGAAGCAAAACAAAGUCCAUUUAGCAAUUCCUAUAUUUGAACAACAAGACAAUCAAAAGUACUCUGAAUUUAUCUUUUUUAAAUUACUGGAUUAUCCUGGAACGGAAUACAUAACUUUGGCUGACGAUGAAAACAACGACGCUCUUGAUGUCGUUUUUGAUUCUGUAUUGAAGUCUUGGCCAUUGCUUGCCGUCACCAUGAUCUUCACGGCCAUUGCUGGAAUCAUCAUGUUGGCACUGGAUACAUACUGGAAUGGUGAAGAAUUUCCACGUUCAUUCAUCAGAGGCUCAUGGGAUGGAUUUUGGUGGUCCUUUAUUUCUAUGACCACUGUAGGGUAUGGAGACAAGGCACCCAAGUCGGCCAUGGCUCGUAUUUUCUCUGUCGUCUGGAUCUUAUUUGGCCUCAUAGCUAUGGCAAUUUUCAUGGCAAAUGUCACCACUGCAUUGACAGCUCUCUCCCUGCAACUUGAACCAACCAGCCUUCGUGGUGUUCAAGUUGGAGUGAUAGGUAAUGGAACAGAAUAUCAACAUGCACUGAAAGAAGACGCACAUCCAAAAAUCUACAACAACAUCGAUGACGCUGUCGAUGCACUCAAAUCAAAAGAGGUCAAGGGAAUGUUACUAGAUCGCUAUACAGCCUCCUAUUACCAGAAAAGGGACAAACUGAAAACUCUUCUCGCUGUGAAGAAGUUAGACUUGCAGAGGGACGUAGGAGUUCUAUUCAAUGAGAACAAACGAGAACUUGCUGAAUGCCUACAAAACUACCAUCGCUCCGCCAUUUGGAGAUCAAUGCAAACCUUGACUUCGUUUUACGAGUUUGAGCACCAGACGUCUUCAAAAAGCUUCAAUCUGUUUGAUGGUUCCUCACCAUUUGUUAAGUACUUGAUGUAUAUAUCACUUGGACUCUUGGUUCUAAUGCUUCUUAUUGGACUUGCGUGGGACAUAUUAUUGAGAAAGAAAGGAAAAGGGAAGCAAAAUAUCGUAAUAGUUGUCUUACAGUAGCACGUUUAUUGACCGACUGACGAUUCGAUCGAGGGCUUGGGCCACUGACGAAAUAGCAGAUCUGCCAAAGCUCGGGAUGAGGAAAGAAAUAUAGUGGUUCAGAGCCUCAAUAGAGUCGUUCAUUUAAUCAUCAUCAUCGUUCAUUGAAAUUUCUCAAACCUGGUGAACCGGCAUGCUUGGAUACGAUAUCACUUCGAAGUUCCCUGAGUUAUAUUUGAACAGCGGAAUGAGUUUAAAUACACGCCAUUCUCAUAUUCAAAAAUGCCAACAUCCUUUUUCAUUCCCUCUAGCAGCAGCCAUGGAUGAUAGCUGGGGAAUGACAACCAAAGGAGAUACAAUACGUGCCGAUCUUGAAACAACGCGAGUUCUUCUUCGUCAAGCAUUGGAACAAUUUGACCAGCUGGAAUCCAAAGUCUCGAAGCUGAAACUGGUCUAAUGAUCAGUUAUGAGACAAUAUUAAAGUCUUAAGUUAUUCGACGAUGUAGCCAUUACUUACUGACUAGCUUGCUAUUUGCAUAAUGUUAACCCUACGGCUUUGAUUUCGGCCUUAUUUAUGAGUGCGCAAAUAAGCCAUUGUAUUUACGCCAGCUGAAAUUUUAUCAUCAAAUUCGUAGCUACUCAAAUGUAUACCCAUGU